AUGGACAACAAGAUCAGCUUACGAGAGUUGCGAAGAGCGAUACCUCAUCACUGUUUCAGGCCGUCGAACAUUUGCUCGCUGAAAUAUGUUUUCUGCGACCUAAUUUUGGCCAUCUCACUCGGCUGGUUGGCAUCGACACUCAUCCCUCACCAACCAACCUUUCCCCUGAGAUGCAUCUCAUGGAUGCUCUAUGGCUACUUGCAAGGCCUAAUACUCACGGGCAUAUGGAUCCUCGCGCACGAGUGCGGCCACGAAGCCCUCUUCUCAAGCAAAAUCGCAAAUCACAUCGUUGGAUUCGUCCUUCACAGCGCUCUCCUGGUGCCUUACUUCUCGUGGCGAUACACGCAUGCUCGUCAUCAUCGAUACACGAAUCAUUUGGGGAAAGAUACAGCCUUUGUUCCACGCCAAGAGGAUGAGACACCUCGUUGGCUAGGCAUGAUCCGUCGAUUUGGCGUCAUCGAGGACACUCCAUUCUAUGCAAUCUGCAGCCUUGUGCUCCACCAGGUCCUGGGUUUGCCGGCUUAUUUAUUGUUCUAUUCGAGCGGAGCUCAAGACGGUCCUCCGAAUGAGUCUUGGUCGUUCUCUCGUUGGAGCCAUUUCGACCCCCUGAGUGACUUGUUCACCGAGUCAGAACAGCCAUACGUUUUACUGUCAACGAUUGGUGUUGGCGCAUCGAUCUCCAUCCUUAUCACACUCGCGCAGGCCGUUGGAGUAACCAAUGCCUUUUUGCUUUAUGGCAUCCCGUAUCUAUGGGUCAACAACUGGCUUGUCGCUCUUACAUACCUUCACCACAACGAUCCCAAGAUUCCGCAUUUCGAACAGUCAACGUGGACUUUUCUGGAUGGUGCGCUAUCCACCGUCGAUCGACCCUUUGGAUUUGUUGGUCGUUAUCUAUUCCAUGGCAUCGUCGACUACCGUGUCGUACACCAUCUGUUUCCACGGAUAUCUUUCUAUCACGCGGAAGAGGCGACGAAAGCGAUCGUACCAUUGCUAGGCGAAGCAUAUCACAAGGAUGAGACUCCAUUCUGGCUGGCCUUGUGGCGGACAUUUCGCUCCUGCCGCUCAGUUGAAGCAGAUGGAGCUCAGCCCGGCGUACUUCGAUGGAAGGCUGUACCGAUGACAGAGCAACAGUCCAAGGAGAAAUCGACAUAG